AUGAGUGUCACAACCAUCUUGAUCGGAGCCAUCCUCCUCUUCCUGAGCCUUGUCUCCUUCAUUCCCCAAUACCAUCACAUUCUGUGGAGAAGGGAUUGCUCUGGAAUCUCCCUCAGCUACGUCUUGUUCAACCUCAUCGCCGCCACGGAGCAAUGUGCCCUUGGCCUACAUUACAUUGUGGACAAUGUCGAGGUAUCAGACACUAUCGUGGGUAGCACGCCAACGGUGGGUGAUUGGCUCAACUUAUGGCAACUCGGCGUUGUUUGGAUAUGCCACUCAGCACUUUUCAUCCUGUGUCUCUGCUACCCACCAGAGCGCCCCGGUCCGAAACGCACCGUUUUGGCUGUCUAUAUCUCCUUUCUGCUCAUCUCCCUCGCUCCUGUUGUUUUCGAAUCAUUUCUCCCUGCCCCCGGCGACUCCUCGGAACACGACCGUCGGUGGUUCUCCGCGACCUUCUCUGGUGUGCACACCAUGUUUAUCAACCCGAUUGUCACCGUCAUCGGCUUCGCCUCGUUGUUUGAACAGGCACGAGAAACUCGCUCUCGGCCGUCGCUGGGAGCGCUGAGUAUCAUGGGGUUAGCCAUCCAGGCUGUGGUUUUCGCUGUUGUGGCGCUUUAUUGGCCACUGAGAAUGACGAUACCUCAGAGUUCUGGAAUAUGUCACCACUGCGGAGUUGCGUCACCUGGUAUCAGCUGGUUGGUUGGGCAGCCGUCGAUAACGCUGUGUUUGCGAUUGUCCAAGCAGUGCUCCUGUGGAUUGCGAGGCGUCAGAGAGGUGAAAUUCAAGGAAUGA